UUCGGGAGCGCCGUCCUUCGUUACGGACCACACACGAACACGGCAACGCCGGCCUGCCCUCAUCGGAGCUGCACCGCGCUGGGGCUUGGAAGUCGGCAGGCUGCUGCGCCCUGAGGAGCUCCCCGGGGCCAGCGGCAGCUCUUGGCGCUGCCGGGCGACGGGCUGAUUUCCUCCUCGCUGGCGGGGGUGGCGCGGGGCGGUAGCUGAGGCAGAAGCAGCGCUCCCCACGUCCGCAGGGCCCCGCAGCGCCCGCGGCUCCCUCCAGUGCCGGCCGGGGCACGAGCCCGCGGCCGCCCGGGCUCUCCGCAGCGCCGGCGGGGGCCGAGGCGCGGAGCCGCCCCGCGGCGGGCGGGCGGGCGGGAGUGGAAAUCCCCAGGAUCCCCUGGCCCCGCGCGGGGAGCCGCCGCGCCGGGCACCGAGAGCCGCCCCCGCGCCGGCAGCCGCGUCGGCGGGGCGGCCCGCGCCGCUCCCCGCCCAGCCCGGCCCGGCCCGGCCCGGCGUGCGGCGGGGGCAGCCGCGCAGGCGGGGGCGGGGGGGAUGGCGCGGCCCGGGCCGCACCUCCCGGGGCUCUGCGCGGCGGCCGCCUUCCCUCGGGGCCGGCGGGCGGCGUGAGGCGGCCGAGCCGCCCCGGGGGCCCCCGCCCGCCCUGGGCGCGGGGAAUGAGAGGCGGCGCCGCGGGGCUGCCGGAGCCCGCCGGGACCCACCAUGCGGGAGCUGGCGAUCGAGAUCGGCAUACGGGUCCUGCUCUUCGGGGUCUUCGUCUUUACAGAAUUUUUGGAUCCAUUCCAGCGGGUUAUCCAGCCAGAAGAGAUCUGGCUCUAUAAAAAUCCUUUGGUGCAAUCAGACAACAUACCUACGCGUCUUAUGUUUGCAAUUUCGUUCCUUACGCCACUAGCAGUCAUUUUUGUGGUGAAAAUAAUCCGGCGAACAGACAAGACUGAAAUUAAAGAAGCUUUCUUAGCUGUUUCCCUGGCUCUAGCUCUGAAUGGAGUCUGCACAAACACUAUUAAAUUAAUAGUGGGAAGACCGCGUCCCGAUUUCUUUUACCGCUGCUUUCCAGAUGGAGUAAUGAACUCUGAAAUGCACUGCACAGGUGAUCCAGAUCUGGUGGCUGAAGGCAGAAAAAGCUUUCCAAGUAUCCAUUCUUCCUCAAAGGAGCCAGUUGCAGCAACAGAUGAUCACUCUCCUGUACAACUACCAAAAGUUGCAUUUUCAGGCCUUGGCUUUACCACCUUCUACUUAGCUGGAAAAUUGCAUUGCUUCACUGAAAAUGGCCGGGGGAAGAGCUGGCGGCUUUGUGCAGCAAUUCUGCCUCUCUACUGUGCCAUGAUGAUUGCCCUGUCACGUAUGUGUGAUUACAAACAUCACUGGCAAGAUGCUUUUGCUGGAGGGAUCAUUGGCCUCAUUUUCGCUUAUAUUUGCUACAGACAACACUACCCUCCUUUGGGUAAUACAGCUUGUCAUAAAUCUUAUGUCAGCCUGCUAGAUCAGAAUUCAAUGAAGAAAGAAGAGAGACCUACCACAGAUAAUGCUACUGGCCUGCCUCUAGAGGGAAUAACCGAAGGACCAGUAUGACUUUCAGAAAUGUGCAGAAUGAACUUUUAGCCUUCUCACAUUUCCUCCAAACCCAUCUAUUAACAUGGUGUUUCCUACUAUACAUUUGAUCUGUGCUUUUUCUUUUAUUUCUUUCCUUUUUAUGAACAAAAACGAAGUAUUUUAUUUUUAAUGCUAUAACAUCCUCAUACUUUUAAAGUUAAAUUUUUAGUUCAUAUUGACUUGCUGAAUUGUCUGUUUUUAGUCCGCUGCAAAAAGAUGGAUUAUCUAGGGGAGGGGAAAGACCAUUAAGAAAAAAUUCCACUUGGAGAUUGGUUAAGAGAAUUUUUAGGAGGAUAUGGGUUUGAAGAUAUAGUAGAUCUGGAAACAGAUUUUCUGAAGUACUGAGUAUCUCCUAGAAAGUUCUGGUUGUGUUCAGCACUCAUUGAUUUUGAUGCGUGGUGAGUACACACAGCACUUUUCAUCAGAUGUUCAGCAUCUGUUAUAGCUAGCCAUUUCUUUAUGUAAUUUGAUAAGUAAGGGCAGCAUCCUUAUGUUUAUCUUGUCAUCUUCUAACAUAAGAAAUCUGCACAUGCUCUGAGAACUUUGUGGUAAUCAUCAAGUUUUGACAACAUCAUUCUGAGCUACUAACGAUCAAGCAGCUGAAAGGUAUCAAGGGUUAAGAGUUUGUAACAGCCAGGUCUCGUCACAUUAGUAGUUCCACAGGAUGAUGCUGACGUUCAAGAAAUUCCAAACUGUUAAAAUUAUCAGUUUGCAAUAAUGUAUGUUUCUAGGAUGGGUUAGAAACGUGGUAUUAGAUCAUUAGCAAUUUUUUGAGAGCUCUUGCAGUAAUUCCCAUCUAAACAAAAUGAAAGUAAACAACACCCAUGACAUUCAACAAGCUGAAGUCUUUAAAACAAUUUUUAAAAAAUCCUAAAAAUGUGGAGAUGAAGAAACACAAUGUUUUCUGUGAAUCUCAAUGUGCCAUGUUCAUUCUUGUGUAGUGACUCACUGCAGCAUUGGUGAUCUUACAAAAUGCAAAGAUUUUCAUUUGUGACUUUGAGCGCACAACCAUGAAUGCUUAUGGUAUUUUACAGCACUGUAACAUUUCCAGAGGAAUGCUGGAAACAUUGUUCCAUUAGACCCAUCUCAUAUUUUCAACUCAUCAUCUUCUUGAGCAUGGUUUUUGCAAAGGUUAGCUUGGGAUCUGUAUCGAAACUCACUUAAAUCAGAACACUGUUGGUAUGGAGAAGAUUCCUAAGUGUAUGAGCAAUCUACUUUAGUUAAUUUAUUAUUGUUAGGAUCCUGUUAUAUAUGCACUAUGCAGUAUACAUCACAUUCCUGUGAAAUGAUGUACCUUUGGAUGACAGAAUGUCAGAUUCCAUAAUUUCUUUUCUUAGAUAUCUUAUGAAAGUUCAGGUAAAUGGUCUAGAUCACAUCUUGACAGUUGAAUAGUUUUUGGGUGGAGCUGCUAAUUAAAAUGAUCAAGACAGCAUUGAUCAACAACCAUUAUUAUGGUGCUUUAGACUGGAGGAGACUGCUGCCAUAGUUAUAAUUUUUAUGUUCCUGUUGGAAUAUGUAUUGGCCUUGUAGGCAUUUUGUGCUUCAGACAGCUCAAUGUCUUUAUGUAAUGCUUGUCAUUUGCUUUUGUCAAAGGUAAGCUGUGUAGAUUUUUUUGAGAAGAGCUAUUUCCUGAUUGGCAACACUUGAAUUUUUAUAGAAAGUAAGUAAAUUAGGAUCCCUUUACAAAUCAACUGAAAUAAUUGUGUAUAAGAGAGUGCAGUCAUACUAUGUGUAAACAUAUAUGAUAUUUGGAAAUAACUGUAAAUAGGAAAUGACAUUAAGGAAUGGAGUGUAGUAAGCAUGAACCCAGUAGGGUUCUAUAGAAGUUAGGUCUGAUCUAUUUGUAAAAUUGAUACCCGUUUGACUAUGUCAGUUAGAGGUAGGAUUUUUUACUGACAUAGUUAAAGUAUUCUGAGCUCUAAAACAGAGUCAGUUUCCCAAACAUAACUGUGUUUUUGCUGGUGUACACAUGCUAGUUUAUGAAACUGGCAUAAGCAAAGCAAAGUUGUGCGGGCAUUGCAUUUGCACUGGAUUUGACUGAACAUUUCUCUAGUGUAAUUGAAGUUUUAUGCUAGAAAUCCAAGCACUUUAGUGAAGGUUUAAUCUUUCUAUAAAGUUUUUAAACCAUCCUACAGAAUUCUGUAACAGGGAUAUCAUUUUCUAUUACUUCAUAUGGGAGGCUUAAAAAAAAAGCCCUAGAGUAAGGGUACCAUGUCUUUACAUUGUAUAGGCCUUUCCAUUAGCUUUUUAUUUCAGCAGGAACCCUAGUCUUCCAGGUUAUAUGCAAAUGUCAAAAAAUCUUAAAUCGAAAUUAGAAGUUUGUUACUGAUGCAUAGUGCAUUUUGCAUGUUUUUAUAUAGAUCUGGAUUAUUGUCAAAAAUGAGUGGGGCCUCCUAACUGUGCUGUAUACAUUUCCUAUAUUUUAAUGGCUUUUGAUACAAGUAAGCCAUCUUCAUUGGGAUGGGGAAUGCUUAUGCAGCCCUUAGAUGAGCAUUGGCUGUUAAAAGAUUGGAAUAUGCAAUGUAAUGCAGCAUAAACAGUUAUACUGCAAGAUGAAUUGAACUUUGCAAAAAAGUAAAGAAUAAUGUAUUUUAAUGGGAAUAAUUAAAUUGAAAGUCAUAAAAUAGACCAUGUAAAAGCUUUGAUUAAAAUGUAAUUAAAAUUGUGAAAGACAUAAUGAAGUGAAACUUAUAGUGGGAUCUGCAGACACUGUAAUUACCAGAGCAAAGUCAGCAUAGGGAAGGCAUUUUUGUGGAUCAAUGUAUUUUAAUCUCAUGCUCUCUCAGUGUGAAGGAAAUGUAAUAUUGUAACACACCAAUAAAACAACACGUGAAUGUGGGUUUGUA